GGACUUCACAUGGUCAGAUAAAACUCUGCAGUCGGUCAUACAGUUUGUUGGAAUCAACAGCUGGGAGGUCCGUUUCAGUCUACGAAUACAUUGAAGAUGGACAAGGAGCAGCGUUGUGUGAGUUUGUCAGUCCAUCCAUCCAGAGGACUGAUGGAUGAAAAGUUCAUCGUCCUGGUUCAGAAGGUCCUCCCUGGUUUCCAGCUGACCAUCCAUGCCUCCUACCAUUGUGAAGAUGGAAACAGCUGGGAAGCAUUUGCUCACUACACAGCUGAUGCAAGCGGGACUGUAAAUGUUUCACAGGAUACCAGCGUGGGUGGGACAUACUGUGGGGUUGAAGCGAUGGGUCUACUGUGGAGCCUCAGACCAGUUCCAGGCAGCAAACCAGGGCUCAGGUUGAGGAAGAAGAACGUCCAGACUCCCAUGGAGGUCACAAUUUCAGUGUACCAGGGUCACCAGACAGAGGGCUUUGUGGAUCAGGUGCCUCUGGCCAGUGUGUUGGUGGAGCGUUGGUACAUGGCACCCGGCGUCCGCAGAAUCCCAGUCACAGAGGAUGGACUCACUGCGACCCUCUUCCUGCCUGCAGGACCUGGACCUUUCCCCGGCAUCCUGGACCUGUGGGGGGGUGGAGGGCAGUUGGUGGAAUAUCGUGCAGCGCUGCUAGCCUCUCAUGGCUUCGCUUCUCUGGUCCUCGACUACCUUACAAGUAAAAUCACCAUGGAAACUGGAAAGAUGGUGGACAACCAGUACUUUGAGACAGCCUACAGAGUCCUGCAGCAGCAUCCUCAAAUCCUUGGCAGCAGGAUCGCCAUGUUGGGCCUUUCUCUUGGCACCAGUAUUACAUUCAGAAUGGCUGUUUACUCCCAGGUUAUAAAGCUCAGAUGUGUGGUGUGUAUUGGAGGGAGUCACGUGCAGCCAAUCGAUGGAUCUGUGAAAGAAAUACUGACUUUUGUUAGCCUAAAUGGCUCAAAAGUUCGCUUCAGUGAGAAGAAUGAGAUGAUUUGGCGAGAUUUGCUACUGCCCAUCACCACUGACCCCUCAUUCAAAGUGGAUAUGGGACGUUUCCAGUGUCCUCUGAUGCUGGUUGUAGGUGAAGACGAUCAGAGCUGGGCUGCCUAUGAUUCUGCAAUGGAUAUGAAGGAGAUGAUGGAGCGAGCAGGGAACAGCCACCUGCUGACCAUCCUGUCGUACCCAAAAACAGGUCACCUGAUUGAACCACCGUACACACCACACUUUCGAGCCAGCAUCUUCAGAAAAGUGGGCACACGUGAGAAGUUCAUGGUUCUGUGGGGCGGACAGACGGUGGAACAUUCUCGUGCUCAGGAGGACGCCUGGAAGAAGAUCUUGGUCUUUCUGAGGGAGAAUCUGUACGGCGGCACAAACCCUGGUGCAACAUUGUUAUCCCACCUGUAAACAAGAUGACAGCUAAUGACUGCAGAUAUCCAAAGUGAAGUCAAAAUUGUAGUUUUUUCCUCAAAGACGAUGUCAGGUUACGCACAGUGGGAACACUGCUAAAACUAUCCAGGCUGUAGUUGCUGUUCAGGUGGUGGUUCUCUCUUGGCUCAACUAUACAAGUGAGCCCUGUCUCACUGUUACUUUAUCUUGUGAUAUAUUUUCAAAACUAUAGGAUUUUUUUUGGUUCAGUUUUGAUGAAUUCAUAACUUAUGGCUACCCUGGCUUCUUUUCCAUGACAGCAGCCUAUGAGUUUUUUGGGUGUUGCAGUAGAGA